UCCUCCUCCUCUGUUCACAUGAAAACGCUCCCUGAGAACGCACCCGGUGUCGACAUUUCCCCUGAGCCUCUCAAUACCUCAGAAGCCUCCGGAGCGUGAUUUAUACCAGCAUGAAGGCAAGGGGCAAAGUCAGGAUCCCCCGCACGCAGGAGAUUGGCUGAUAUUGGAAUAUUGGCAGGGGGUCAUGUCGAGAGGCGGUACGGCAGAUUUCGAUACGUUGUGGAACGUCCUCGCGUCCUCUAUGAGCGAAAUUCACACCAAGAACGCCUCCAGUCUUUCGUUUGAAGAAAUUUAUAGAAGUGCAUACAAAGCUGUAAUGAAGAAACAAGGACUAGUUCUCUAUAACAAAGUGAUUGAAUUUGAACGGACCUUGUUACGGGACAAUCUACGUAAGAAGAUCACGGACUUGAUCACACCUUUGCUUCUCCCGAAUACGGAACUGGCAAAUGCUAUGGAACAAGAGAAUGAGCGACGUGUUGUCGGCGAGCGGUUUCUCUCCAAAAUAAGAGAUGUCUGGGAGGAUUAUCAGCUUUGCAUGGGGAUGAUUGCAGACGUGCUCAUGUACAUGGAUAAAUCGGUUGUUGCAGAACAUCGCUCACCAUCUCUUUAUGUCGCGUCGAUGUGCUCGUUCCGAGAUAUUGUGCUCAGGCUAGGUCUAGAAAUGGAUAGCCAGGCAAGCGUUGCUUCGGUCCUGCAAUCGACCAUCCUAUUUUUGAUCCAACUCGAGCGGGAAGGGAUCAUCAUUGAUAGACCACUUAUCCGUCAUUGCAUCUAUAUGCUGGAAGGUCUCUAUGAGACAGAGGAGGAGGAUGAAUCAACCAAACUCUAUAUCACCUCGUUCGAGCCGGCAUUCCUGGAUUCUAGCCGAGGAUUCUAUGAGACUGAGGGCCAAAAGUUGCUAUCAACAACAGAUGCGCCUUCAUUCUGCAAAAGAGCAGUAACUAGAAUCCGAGAGGAACAGGAGCGCUGUCAUCACACACUGUCCAUCAGUACUGAGCCUAAGAUAAUGUGGGUUAUUGAUGAGUUUUUACUCAAACAAAAUAUCCCAGAAAUCAUCAAAAUGGAAGGAAGCGGGGUUAAGGAGAUGCUAGAUAAUGACCGCUUGGCUGAUCUUGCAAUCAUCUAUGAUCUCAUCUCGAGAAUCGAUCUGCAAAAGACCGCACUGACUCAAGAGGUCCAGGCAAGAAUAAUCGAGCUUGGGAAUCAGAUAAAUAAGGCUGCUAAAGAAUACCUACAAGGUCCACAGCCCACCUCAAAUGGGGGUCAAGCUCAGUCAAACGGAGCCAAGGCGCCAGAGGAGCAAAAAUCACCGGCUAGUCUACAGACAGCCGCAGCUAUCAAAUGGGUGGAUGACGUUUUGCAGUUGAAGAAACGGUUUGAUCACGUUUGGGAAAAUGCUUUCAGGAAAGAUCAAGGAAUGCAAGCUUCUCUGACCAAAAGUUUCUCCGAUUUCAUCAACGUGAACCCCCGCAGCGCGGAAUAUCUCUCAUUAUUUUUCGAUGAGAACCUUAAAAAGGGUAUCAAGGGCAAGUCAGAGGAAGAGGUGGACAUUCUUCUUGAAAAUGGAAUAACGCUGCUCCGGUAUAUUCGAGACAAGGAUCUUUUCGAGACCUAUUACAAGAAGCAUCUUUCGCGACGUUUACUUAUGAAGCGAUCCGUAAGUAUGGAUGCCGAACGACAGAUGAUAUCAAAAAUGAAGAUGGAGGUUGGAAACACAUUUACUCAAAGAUUGGAGUCUAUGUUCAAGGACAUGGCCAUAUCGGAGGAUCUUAGUUCCAGCUACAAAGACCAUAUUUCUCAGAGCAAUGGUCCUGAUCCCAAACGCAUCGAACUUGAGAUGAGUAUUCUCACCAGCACAAUGUGGCCAAUGGAAAUUAUGGGGAAGGAUAGCGCAAGUCAUGCCCCAUGCAACUUUCCCAAGAACAUAGACCUUCUCAAACAGAGUUUUGAGUCGUUCUACCUAGGAAAACAUAGUGGACGAAAACUCACAUGGCAGGCCGGAAUGGGCUCCGCUGAUAUUCGGGCUACGUGGGUGAGACCAAAUGGGAAGACUGAGCGCCAUGAUCUGAACGUCUCUACUUAUGCGAUGAUUAUCCUCCUGCUUUUCAAUGACCUUCCAGCGAGUGAAUCACUUACGUUUGAGGAAAUCCAAGCACGAACAAAUAUUCCGACUCAUGAUCUCAUAAGAAACCUACAGUCUUUAGCAGUUGCUCCGAAAACUCGGGUUCUGAAAAAGGACCCGAUGAGUAAGGAGGUGAAGCCCACAGAUCGCUUCUAUUUCAAUGAGAAGUUUCAGAGCAAAUUCACCAAGAUUAAGAUUGGCGUUGUAAGUAGUAGCGGGAAUAAGGUCGAGACCAAAGAUGAACGGUCAGAAACCGAAAAGAAGAUGAAUGACGAGCGCGGAGGCAGCGUUGAAGCCGCUAUUGUUCGAAUCAUGAAACAACGCAAAAGACUAGCACAUUCGCAGUUGGUGAACGAAGUCAUCUCGCAGCUCGCAUCACGCUUUGUCCCCAAUGUGGACAUGAUCAAGAAAAAAAUUGAAAGUUUGAUCGACCGCGAAUAUUUGGAGCGUCUUCCGGACGUCGAACCAGCAUCCUACGGUUACAUAGCAUAGGUC